AUGCACCAGGUGUCAGAAUGGCAUGGAAUAACAGGAUGUUUUCAGGUACAUUCCUUCUCCUUGUCCCGGCUUUGGUGUCAACAAGUCUGCAAGUGCCACAAAUGCCGAGUCAUGAGUGUUACCACUGUAGAGGGGCUCUGACAUUGGACGAGUGUUCGAAAAAGGACUGCCAUCCCCCUGGGGCGUGCUAUAUGGAGGUAUAUCGCGUAGGUGACAGUGAGAGAAUACAUGCCGAGUGCCUCCCCAGCCUGAAAUGCCUCUUGAAGAAAACGGGGACCCCAUUUGUUAUGUGGAAAGUACGUGGGUCAAGGACAUGUCAUGAUUGUUGCUUUGGAAAUCUCUGCAAUUAUCAUCUUUGUAGAUCCUCACAUGCGUGGUCAACGGUACCAACACCAAGGAAGACAACUUCGGCACGCCACAUCAUCGUAACCCAUGCACCACACAAAACCUUAGUACCCCACAUCCUACCCCAGAUCCAUGUACCACAUUUACAUGCAGCAUCAAGUUCGACACACAAACCCCAUGUACAUGCAGCAUCAAGUUCGACACACAAACCCCAUGUACACGCAGCAUCAAGUUCGACACGCAAAUCCCAUAUACAUGCAGCAUCAAGUUCGACACACAAACCACAUUUACAUGCAGCAUCAAGUUCGACACACAAACCCCAUGUACACGCAGCAUCAAGUUCGACACACAAAUCCCAUGUACAUGCAGCAUCAAGUUCGACACACAAACCCCAUGUACAUGCAGCAUCAAGUUCGACACACAAACCCCAUGUACACGCAGCAUCAAGUUCGACACACAAACCCCAUGUACAUGCAGCAUCAAGUUCGACACACAAACCUCAUGUACAUGCAGCAUCAAGUUCGACACACAAACCCCAUAUACAUGCAGCAUCAAGUUCGAUACCCCAUACACAUGCAGAAACAAGCUCGACACACAAUUCACAUAUACAUGCAUCAUUAGGUUCGACACACAAACCCCAUGUUUAUGCAGCAACAAGUUCGACACACAACGCCCAUAUACAUGAAGUAACAAUCUCGACAUACAAACCACACACUAAUGUAUUAUCAAGUUCGACACAGAAGCUUCGUAAAUAUACAGCAACAAGUUCGACACAUGCAUCCCAUAUGCAUGCCGUAACAAGUUCGACAUACAAACCUUAUGCAUCUCAUGCUGUAACACAUCAGACAUACGAACCUACUACACCCUUAUACAAAACAUUUAUAAGCACACAUGCAACAGACCCAUCUGAAUCCCAUACGGCCUCACUGUCACAACCAAGACCAGUUACAAGCUUUCAUACAAAAACAUGUGCUGUGUGCAAUGGGACGUUAUGUGGAGUUUUUCCUGAUAAGGAGGAGUCUAACGUCAUAUGUCCAGGACAUUCUCCUUUUUGCAUGAACACUGUGGACAACGCAGUGUCGGGUACAAGGCGUAUAACCAAAAGGUGUGCCUCGCAACACGCUUGCGAGAUGAAGUGGUGGAUCAGCUCCUCAGAUGUUGCAGAGUGCAUUAACUUCAGCCCUGGGCGGCGUUACGACUUCGCCUUCAUCUGUAACUACUGCUGCACGACAGAUCUGUGCAACAAGGACCUCUACCCAGCCAAACACACGCUCUAUGUUGGCAAAGAUUAGAACGGCGUGGGCUUAUAUGUUGUAUGUAGAAGUAUAUGGUUCUUUGUUGGAAUAAAUGGAAGCAUUUGUGAAACCAG